GAUUCUGGGUUCCAUCUACAGGGAACACUAUUAAUAUUAUGAGCGCCACAAGCCGAGUAACGCUUUUAUUAAUACUCUCCCAAUGCUAGUUCAGUCGAAUCGACCUGAGCUUGGAGGAUGAAGCAAGCAAAAGGAACGAUUUUGAUGUUGUUCGUCCUAAUAGGUUUGAAAGAAACUGAAAGUGAAUUUCUAUCCCACUACAUCCGACCCGAUUUGAUUAUUGAAAAUGCGGCCUGUCGCGUGGAAAGUGAAAUUCUGCUCAGAGGUGUUUCAAAUCUUGAACUAUGGGCUCUAAAAAUUGUGGAUUCAAGCUCAAAAAUUCAGUCAGGAAUUUUAUUUGGCAACAUUAAAGACUAUGGAAAUUUUGACGAAUGCAUCGACACCCAAAAAAAUAAUAUAAAAGGAAAGUAUUGCCUUGCUCACAUCCAAAUCGAUGCAAUUGAGCCAAAUCUUUUGGUGAAAAACGAAAUCAUUGAUUUUGCUUCUUAUGGAAGACGCCACGUCGAAAUCAUUCACAAUAGGACUCUUCAUAAUGUGCCGCUGCCAGACACACUUCCAUCCUUUGCACUUUUCCAGUCAGCAUUUUGCAUACCUUCAUCAUGUAAAUCGCAGGACGUGGAAAAAAUGGUUAAUGCUUCCUUAUUGGACAUUGGAAAUAUACUCGGAUUACAAAUUUACUCGGAGGUAUUUGAGGAAAAUUGUUAUACCAAAACAGACCAACCUAUACCAUGGAGCACUGGAGAGCAAGUCUUCUUGAUUUUCAUCAUUUCCAUUCUUACAUUAGCAUUCGUUGCAACUGUGUUGGAACAAAACAGCGUCUCCAAAAUGAAAAAUCCAAAGGAAAAAUCUCCGCUGGAUUCAUUUGUCGAAAGAGGCGUUCUCCCAUUUUCGCUUUCUAGAAACUGGAGCAUAUUGACUAAUGAUGUAUCUAAAAAUACAAUGCAAAGUUUAGAUGGCGUGCGUGCUUUGAGCAUUUACAUGGUUGUAAUUUGCCAUAACUGCAUCUCAAACGUGGUUGUCCCCUACAUGAACAAAAGGUUCAUUUAUGACCUAGCAAAUCAACCAAAGUUUUUGCCUUUGUUUAUUGCUGGAUGGUGUGUUGAUGCUUUUCUAUUACUAGGAGGAGUCCUUAGGACAUACAACAUGUUAAAAGGCAUCAAGGAACAGAAAUUCAGUUUUUUUAAGGACUUGGUUCAAAGAUAUGUUAGAUUUACACUUCCCUUGUUAGUCAUUAUCACAUUCUACACAACCUGGUUUGAUAAGAUGGGAAGUGGACCAACGUGGUACAAAAGUGUGGGAGUGAAUAAGGAACUUUGCGAAAAGAAUUGGUUUUGGAACAUUCUUUAUGUUAACAACAAUGUCAACCCUACUGAAUCGUGCAUUGCUCAGUCCUGGUAUUUGGCUGCGGAUAUGCAAUUUUAUAUUGCUGCGCCAAUUUUUAUUCAACUAAUUUGUCGGUGGCCAAACAUUGGAAAGAAAAUUUUUGCAUUUAUCUUUUUCUCAUCAUUGUUGAUUCCAGCAGCUAUAGUUUAUUUUACAAGAGCAGCGCCAUCAUAUGCGGCUUCCUUCACUGAUGAGGGAAUAUUGAAAUACAUAAAGUGGCUUCAUUUUUCCACUCUAAAUCGAAUUACACCUUACAUGGUUGGCAUCGCCCUGGGAUUUGUAUUGUGGAAAUUGAAAAACGGUGAAGACCAAAAACUGUCGAAGAAAGCAGUAUGUUUGUGCUGGAUUGCAUCAAUAUUCUCUAUAUUUGCUGCUGCUUAUGGUGUCUCUCGAUUCAUAGACACAAGCUACAAAUACAAUUUGGUUGAAAUUAUGAUUUUCACUGGACUUCACAAGGCCCUAUUUACACUCUGCCUUGCCUGGUUUAUUUAUGCUUGCGAGAGUGGCCGUUCAGUAAUUUUAAACAAUUUUCUUUCAUGCAAAUUGUUUUCCUUCCUGAGCAAACUUUCAUUCAGCAUUUUCCUGACGCACUUCAUCGUGAUUAAUUACAUCGAUGGGACUUUGAGGCAUGAACGCUAUUUCGACUUAAUCCAAAACUUGCACGUUUUCAUGGGAAGUUUCUCGUUCUCAAUUAUUUUGGCCAUCGUCUUUUAUUUGCUGAUAGAGGCGCCGUCGAGGUCUUUGGUCAACUCUUUGUUGCAUUAAAAAUUUUCAGCAAUAAUUACUAGAAUUAGAUUGAGUUUCAAUAACUUAAUUUGAUUUCAAAAUAAAUCUGUUGAUUAACAUA